AUGUGUUCAGCACAGAGCCGCCCCGUCCUCCUUGUCGGCGGCAGGAGCAGGGCGAACAGGGCCCGGCUAGUGAUGAGCAGCAAGGAUCCAGGCACAGCAGGCACAGAUGUUGAGGAGCGGCUCCGAGAGGUGGAAAGCACUAUGUCAAUGGACUCUGUGGAGGAGGACAUGCUGCAAGCAGACUUAGAGGGCUUCGAGGGCCAGAAAGGAUCUGCAGGACUUCGCUAUGCAGAGACCCGUAGCCUGCCGCGCUUCUUGUUCUUGCGCGAGCCGGGCUAUCGCACCUUUGCUGCGAAUGUGCCUGGGGACCUUGGCUUCGACCCACUCAACCUUUGCACUGACGUGCGCAAGUUCGUUGAGUAUCGAGAGGCUGAGCUCAAGCAUGGUAGACUGGCCAUGUUUGCGGCAGUUGCCUGGCCACUUGCUGAGAUCGUCGAUGAAAACAUCGUCGGGUCAGACACAAACGCUGUUGACUUCCUCGCGGAAACAGGAGGCAAGAUGCUCCCGCAGCUUGGAGAAAACGAUACCUUCGUUGAGCUCUUUGCUGCCAUCGUUUUGGCUGUUGGAGGUGCAGUGGAACUUUUUCGCGGCGAAGGGAAAGAUGGAAAUGAACCCGGAGACAGCGGCUUUGAUCCCUUGAAGCUAAAAGGUUGGCAGCCGCCAAAUGUGCUCCGCACAUUCCUGCCAGAGAAUCGCCCAUGGAUGGGUGAAGCAGAGGUUCAGCAUUCGCGCUUGGCCAUGCUGGCCGUUUUGUACGACAUUCUCGUCGAGUUCUUCACGCCCAACCCAGUCGUGGAAGAUACCGAGUACAUCUUCCACAGGAUUGACGCCAAGCUCCUGAGGUGGGACUACUGGGCCAUGCAGCCCAGUACACUGGACGUUGGAUGCUGGGAGGAUUUUGCUGCAGACUCGCGCGACCUGUUCUUGCCGCAACAAACCUCAGGGAAAGUUAUGGAGUAUGAAGACAUUUUCACAAUCGAAAACAGGGAGCAGCAGGCAGUGGACGAGUACUGCAAGCAGCAUGAUCUUCAAGCCCUCGUCGAGGAUUUGGUAACACGCUACCUCUCUGAGCGGCCCAAGGACAUGAAGCCCAAAGAAUACUUUGCACAGCAGCUACGGUUGGAGAUGCUCGCCGGUGAGGAGGCUCACUUGGUGGAGACAACCUCAAAGGUACCUGGCUAUGCCUUGCGCCAGCUUUUCGAAGCCACCAAAAAGAUCACCGCCGAGAUUGUUCCUAAGGAAACCAUUCGAGUGAUAAUCAGUGAGAGCCUGAAGCUGUUGAAUUGUGACCGCAUCUCGCUCUUCGUUUACGACAAGCGCAUCGAAAUGUUGGUGCUGAAUGCUUCUAACCUGGAGCAUCCUAUCCGAGUAAGGCCUGGGCAGGGUAUUUCCGGCAAUGUUUUCCGCAGCAAGCAGUCAGUGAACAUCGCAGACUGCUACAGCGAUGCACGCUUCGACCAGUCCUUUGAUGCCGCUACCGGGUACGUGACGCGCAACCUGCUAGCAAUUCCCAUCGUGGACUUCGAAGGAUCCUGCCUGGGUGUUAUCCAGGCCAUCAACAAGCUUGGGGACGGAGGUAAGGGCUUUGUCCAAGUGGACGAGAUCCUGUUGGGGAACUUGGCAGAUCAGGUGUCAGUUGCUUUGCACAACGCGGAGUUCUAUAGAGCUGCCAUCGUUACCAGCGAGCGCGCAAACGCCUUGCUGCAGAUGCUGCAGUCCCUCACGCAAGGCCUUGGCGCUCAAUCCUUGAUUUUUUCUGUUGCCACGCACGCCUCCACGCUGGUACACGCGGACCGCUGCACUGUAUUCCUUGUCGACGACAGGGCAGGUGAGCUGAUCUCCCACACCACAGACUCGGAACAAGAGAUUCGGAUACCAAAGUCCGUUGGCAUUGCCGGAGAAUGCGCAACAGAGAACAAGCUCAUUGUUAUUGAUGAUGCGUACGAGGACGCCCGAUUCGACCCAGAGUUUGAUCAGAGAAGUGGCUAUCGGACACAUAGCAUCAUUGCAGUGCCUGUGAAGCGGCCACCUGCAAAAGACAAAGCCUGCGCCGUCAUUCAGAUGAUCAACAAAAAAGAAUUUGACGACGAGAUCGGCAAGUUUGAUGAGGAGGACGUACAGGUGCUGGAAACCUAUGCCAUGUUUGUGGCCACUCAACUGGCACAGUCUGCUUUGGUCAGCAGGGCAUCGUGGUCAUCUCUGGCUGAGGACUCUUCGAAGGGCCCCAGCACUGCUGAUGAGCUGAUGAUGGGGCGGGCAGACAGCAAUGGACACAAGGAGCGCUCCGGCUCCACGCAGGCGCCGGUCAUGGAAGAGAUUGAUGAAGGUGAAGAGGAGGACGAGUGA